AACAAACAAUGCAAAGCAGGAAGUGUGCUAAAGAGCUGUUGCACAAGACGAGAAGUGAAAGCAGUCUGUGCAGCUGUGUGGUGGUGGCUUCCCCUGGCACCUAUCUCUGUCUUUCACUCCUCGUCAUUUUUUUAUCAAGCUCACAAAUGGCUUUUAGUCCACUGUCUUUUGAGGAUGACCUGCAGUGUCCUGUAUGCUGUGAGGUCUUCAGCGACCCGGUGGUUCUGGACUGCAGCCACAGCUUCUGCCGGUUCUGCUUGGAUGCCUACUGGAAGGACCAGCGCAGCAACCCCUGUCCGGUUUGCCGACGCAAGUUCCCUGGGAGAACCCCUCCCGCAAACCUGGCCCUCAGGAACAUCGUGGAGGUCUUCAAGAAGCAGCAGGAGAGUGCAGGCCUCAAACAGAGGGCGACAGGAGGAGAAAGAAAGAGCAAAGAAGCAGGACAAAGAAGGAGAGCGAAAGAAGAAGGGGAACAGGAGGAACAAGAAGGUGGAUACUGUAGCCUGCAUGGCGAGAGGCUGGUGCUGUACUGUGCUGUGGAGCGAGAGACCAUCUGCGUGGUUUGUCAGACGGGCAGAAAACACAAGGGGCACCCAGUGAGCCCGGUGGAGGAGGCAGCUCCAGCCCUGAGGGAGGAAGUCAGAGCGCCUCUUACUCCACUUCGUGCUAAACUGCAGGUAUUCAGCGAGGUGCAGCAGGAGUGUGAGAAGACUGCUGAGUACAUAGAGGUGAAGUGUACCUACAACAACCACAAAGAAAGCCUUACACAGAAAUUGUCAGAGCCCGAUCCGACUCUGGUGACAGGUGCUUUGAUCAACGUGGCAUCUCACCUGGGCAACCUCAAGUAUAAAGUGUGGGAGAAGAUGAAGGAAAAAUGUGAAUUCUGUCCUGUAAUCCUUGACCCAAACACAGCCAGCCCAAGCCUUCUGAUCUCCCAUGACCUGACCAGCGUCCAGAAUAUGGGUCAGUCGUCGACGAAGGUCCCCGCAAACCCAGAGCGGUGUCACCAGAGCGACUGUGUCCUGGGGGCAGAACCUCUGGGUCCAGGUGGUACACACAUCUGGGAGGUGGAGGUUGGAGGCAGAGAGACGUGGGACAUUGGGGUGGUGCGAGAGUCCUGGGCCAGGAAGGAGUCAAAACAGCAACAGCUGUGCCCCUCUAAUGGCUACUGGGCGCUAGCGCUCCGUGAUGGCGGCAGGUACACGGCCUGCACCCAGCUUAACCCGGAGAUCAGCGUUAGCAGGAAGCCCAGUCAAGUGCGAGUCAUACUGGACUACGAGCAGGGAGAGCUAUCCUUCUACAACGCAACCACCAUGACCCUCAUAUACACGUUCAAGGAGGACAGCUUCACUGAGAGACUGUUGCCAUUCUUUGCUCCGGGUUCGAAAGCAAUUAAGGUCGCCUCUGCAACCGCUAUGGUGACAAUAGAGCCGUGAUGUAAGUUGGGCAAAAUAUACACGGAGGUGGACAUCAUCGAAUGAAUAUCUUAACAGAUAAAGUGUCAGAUACAGACACCAUACUUCACUCCACCAACUGAUUGUUUCCCCCAGGGCUUUUUUAGGAUUCCAAUAUGAUACAUUUUAUGAAGGGAAUUUAAUCCAUAAGUAGGCCUAUCAGUCACACGUGUCUGUAAUUAUUAUUUUGAAUGCAAACUGAUUUUUUUGCUGCUACAAACCAGGUUGACCUUGAAAAGUUGGCCUUGGCUUUAGCAAAGCAUACACUGUACAGCAAAAAAGUGAAAAAGUUCAAUAUUUUUGUCCAUCUCAGAAAGUGAAACCAAUAUAACACUGUAUAUGAGAAUGUCAUUAAAUCAUUUUCAUCAAA